AUGGCGAAAAUAGAAGAUACUGACUGGAAAAGGCCAAUUAAUCCGGACGUCUUCCUGUUGUAUCCGCAGGGUUUUGCUCUGCGUGAGGUCAUUGGGAAUAACCGGGAGACUGGUUUGGUUUCAGAGGUAAGCGCAGAUUCACUGUCAAAUUAAUGUCUAUAUGAGUGCUUCGAGAGCAUUUAGUAGUGAUUCCGUUUUGUAUUGCACCACUAGUGCGCUGUCCUGGGUACUGACAGUUAUAUAAGCCGAAGCGGGAUACUGCAAUCUUUCGAUGGGAAAUUGGCCGACGCUGAAACAGAGUAGGCAACCUAAUAUAUGAUAAAGUUGUCGCGAUAUUGAAGGAAGCCCAGAAUCCUCGCAGAAGACCUGUCUGACAGGAAAAGUGGGGGAGGCAAUACCUCAAAACUAGUGGUGAAUCUGAAAAGCAAGCCUAGUCCUUAACUUAAUUAUAAACCUAACGUUAAGCCUAAUACUAAACCUACCACAAACCCUAGCCCUAAUCUUAGGCCUAACCUUAACCCUGGACCAAAUCCUUACCUUUACCUUUUCCCUAGCCCUAACCUUAAACAUAACAUUAGCCUUAAUCCUAAUCCCACCCUAGCCCUAACACCAACCUUAGCCCAACCUUUACACCAAACGCCAACCUAGACCGCAGUCUAAACCCCAACUCUAACUGAAACCCUUAAACGUAAUACAGAACUUAAUCCUAAACUCACUUCUCAGCCCGACACAAAAUCAAACCCUAAAUUUAACCCUACCUUUAAACCAAAACAUAAGGUUGCCCUUUUCCGUUCUACAUUUGGCAAAUUCUACACCCACGGUUUCAACAUUUUCCGCUUCGAAUAACUUUACUUGCAAUACCCACAUUGCGUUUACACUUGGAACCAGGACAGCGUAACUGAUCAGUGCCCGUACCCUGACACGCAGAUUAGUCAACAUGGAUGUCCUUCGUUCUUCAGUUUCGGUCUGUGGCCUUGUUUGAUCUCUAGCACAGUUAGACGCUUUGCCGUCGUGUUGCUCCCCCAACUUCUCUCUAGACACCAGGCUUCAUAAUAUUUGUCUCUCUCUCGCUGAGCCUUCGAUGCAGAGCGCAUAUCGAUCGCGUACACGUGAGCACUUAUCAAGAUUCCUUCCAGUUUAGUCCAAUCAGCGAGAUAGGCAAUUCUCAACACUCUGUCUCACAGAUAACCCUCACGUCACAGGCAGUUGGAGAAGAUGGUGCUACUGCUUGUCAAGGUCUAACUGCUCCCAUCUCAUGCGUUAUUGCCGUGCAGAUUGGUAUUGAUGAAUUUCGUUGUUUUGUAUGCCGGAGCAAUUCCCCUUUGUUGUUUACAGCGCAAAACAGUGGAAGAAUUCGCUUUCCCAAUUUCAGUGCGCACACCUUAGUCAGCAGCUGACAAACGCCUAGAGAAAAUCUUAUGGCAAACCCGAGGUGAGGAGAUGGUAAACUACUGAUUACUGAAUUCAGAAUCCUAUUAAAUACUCGAAUUUAAGAAUCCGUGUCAAAUAUAUGCACAUGUGCCAGGAAAGUAGGCUGGUUGAGCCUCUAAACCUUGAAAAUGCAUUUAGCGAGACGAAGUCCCUGGAUAACUGACAGAUAUUUGGUGCAUUUAAGGAUUUUUCUUGUGAUUUUAUCGGCACCGGGAUCGGACAUCUUACAAAGAGCAUUCCUAGGCUCCUCAGUACGCUUCAUUUUGUUAAAAAUAGCACCACCAAACACAAUUCACUCGAAGUAUUCUUUGUAAUCGUCUCUGCGACAAAAUUCUUUUUAAUUCAUUCUGAACCUUCUUGCCCGUUUGCAGCCUCCCGUCAACGGCCGCAGCAUGCACUUUCUCAAAGUGAGCACUUCGGUUUGUUCACCAGAGAGACAUGACGUCGCUGACCGCAAACACAACCACGACCUCGUCGUCAUUGUGAAAUCAGCCGUCUACAACUUUGAGGACAGACAAGCCUUUCGCAGAUUCUACGCCCAUCUGAGAAAGGAGAAUAGCGCUAAACUACCUUAUCGCAUAGGAGUAGUGUUCGUGGUGGGCCUGCCCACAAGCACAAGCAGCAAUUCCUUCCAACGUGAUGGUUUCAACAUCUCACUACCCGGUCGCGCCGGCAACUCGCUCGUCAACAUUGCAAACCGCCGCGCCCAGAUUCGAAGUCGCCUAGAGCAGGAUAUGAGUGAACAGGAUGAUAUCAUCGUGGGCGACUUCGAAGACACCUACUACAAUCUGUCUGUGAAGAUGCAUCACACAUUCGUGUGGGCGGCCAGGUUCUGUCGCGAACGUCCUGCCUUCAUGUUCCUCGACGACGACUUUGGUUUCAAUGAGAAACGCCUCCAGGCCGUUCUGGCCAGCCUGCAGUUGGAUUGGCGGCGCAGAGUUUCCAUUUCGAGUACUCGCUGGAAUAGCCCCACAGUGCGUCCCACGGACACUCCGGCCGUCCGAAAAUGGGCACUGUCGAAGCGGGAGGUUCCGUGGCCAGUGCAUGCGCCCUACAGCAAUGGAUACUUCUACAUGCUUGGUUACGAUCACGUGGCGGAUCUGGCUUUGGCCAUGUUCUACACUAAGCGCAUUCCCAUUGACGAUGCGUGGUUGGGUCUGGUGAUGCAUAGGAUUGGUCUUCAGUUCGAGUUGCCAUCUGGGAUCGUGUACUCGUUGAAACAUCAGGAAAAUGUCACCGGUUAUAUCGCCUUGCCCCUCCAAUCUCUCCUGAGCGCCUACACGCGAGGACAACUGUAG